ACUCCACCCGUGUCUCACUCAGUCCUUAACUGAUGAGCUGGCCCUUACUGAUUCUUCCUCAGCCUCUUCUCCUUAGCUGCCAGUGGAGACAACGUUAGAGAUGCAAGGCUGAGAUUGUUUGGACACGUGCAGAGAGGAUACGUGACAGCUGCCAGGCAGGAGGGACAGAGGAAGACCUCUGAAAGUUUGGAUGUAGUGAAGGAGGACAUGUGGAGAGUUUGUGCGUCAGAGGAGGAGGAUGGGAUCAAUCGAAAGGAGGCAGCAGAAUCUGGAAAGAUCAACAUAAAGCUGAUAAUUACACGAAAGACCAAAUCGUGUAGCAGAAUUCUGAUUCAGAAGAGCGCUUUGUGUUGCAGACCAUUUGGAGAAUGAGCACUAAGAACAGAAGGGGGCAGUAUUGCAACUGUAAAGGAUGCAAACUGUUGGAAAACUCCAAAGAGGAAGCAGUUUAGCGUAAAGUUCGCAGCAGCUGUAGCAGUGCUUAUUUUUGUGGCUGUGGACGAAUGGGAGCUCAGGGGCAUAAAGGCAGCAGGACCGAGGAGGUGGUAUAAACUAUCUGCACAUUGCACCAGUGUAAAUCAGUCCAGCACGAUGGCGUUAGGCGCACUCGGUUGACUCGAUGUGUCGAUUCUGCGUUUACGUGUGAAUGCAGCCUGAGCACGUGCUGAGCCCGGACAGCUAGCUUAAGCAGCGCGUGCGCGCAAGAGCUAUAACGAGCCGCUCGCGUCGCUGUUAAGCAACCGACGUUAUCACAGCCGUCGGUCACCAUUCAGUCAGACCAUAAUUAACCCGUGAUGUAAAGGGUCAGAGGUAGGAGUGUGUGAGUGCCGUGCUGCCUGCUAUAGUGUGUAAGUUACAGUCAUGGUGAACCAGGUUGAGCGAGGGGAUGGCACCUGCCAGUGCAAGAGCGACUCCAGCGGGGCCAGCAACAGUGGCGGGGACAGCUCCAAGGAGAGCUCCCGGUGCUCCACGCCGGUGCUGGAUGCGUACCGGUCGGACAGAUUGCGGGACAAGAUGCGCAGAAGGAUGGAGUCCGGAGACCGCUGGUUCUCGUUGGAGUUCUUCCCUCCACGCACAGCCAGUGGGGCUGUUAACCUCAUAUCACGGUUUGACCGUAUGGGCUCUGGUGGGCCCCUGUUCAUCGACAUUACCUGGCACCCAGCAGGCGACCCGGGUUCAGACAAGGAAACUUCAUCCAUGAUGAUUGCUAGCACAGCUGUCAACUAUUGUGGCCUGGAGAGCAUCCUCCACCUAACCUGCUGCAAUCAAAGCAAAGAGAAAAUCACUGGCUACUUGGCAAAAGCAAAGCACCUGGGCCUGAAGAAUAUCAUGGCACUAAGAGGAGACCCAAUAGGAGAAGAUUGGGAGGAAGAGGAGGAUGGUUUCAACUAUGCCAUCGACCUUGUCAAACAUAUCCGCUCAGAGUUUGAUGACUACUUUGACAUCUGCGUCGCUGGCUACCCCACAGGCCACCCUGAAGCAGAGAGCUAUGAAGCUGAUCUCAGGCACCUGAAGGAGAAAGUGGAUGCUGGAGCAGACUUUGUCAUCACCCAGCUGUUCUUCAGGCCCGACACUUUCCUCAAGUUCCUGGAUGAUUGCAGAGCCAUUGGCAUCACAUGUCCCAUCUUACCAGGAAUCUUCCCCAUUCAGGGUUACCAGUCUCUGCGUCAGCUUGUCAAGCUCUCCAAGCUUGAGGUCCCAGAGGAGAUCACCCAAGUCAUCGAGCCUAUCAAAGACAACGAUGCUGCUAUCCGUAAUUAUGGGAUACAGCAAGCAGUGGAGAUGUGCCGUGUGCUGCUGGACAGUGGCAAGGUGCCAGGUGUCCACUUUUACACGCUGAACCGUGAAGUUGCGACCAUGGAGGUGCUUCGACAGCUGGGCCUGUGGAUAGAAGACCCCAGGCGGCCUCUGCCCUGGGCAGUGAGCGCCCAUCCCAAACGGAAGGUAGAAGAUGUUCGACCCAUCUUCUGGGCUUCCAGGCCCAAGAGCUACAUCUACAGAACCCAGGACUGGGACGACUUCCCCAAUGGCAGAUGGGGAAAUUCCUCGUCUCCAGCUUUUGGGGAGUUGAAUGACUAUUACCUGUUCUACCUGAAGAGCAAAUCAUCUAAAGAUGCACUGCUGCAAAUGUGGGGUGAAGAGCUACAAAAUGAGGAGAGCGUCUUUGAAGUCUUUACCUGCUACAUUACAGCUCAGCCAAAUCGCUGCGGACACAAGGUGAUGUGUUUGCCUUGGAAUGACGAGCCUCUGGCCCCAGAGACCAACCUUCUGAAGGAUGAACUGGAGAAAGUGAACAGGCGAGGAGUCCUCACCAUCAAUUCUCAGCCCAACAUCAAUGGCAAACCCUCCACAGACCCCAUUGUGGGCUGGGGACCUCCAGGGGGCUAUGUCUUCCAGAAGGCCUAUCUGGAGUUUUUCACCUCCAGUGAAAAUGUGACCGCUCUUCUUAAAGUACUGAAGAAGUACGAGCCCCGUGUGAAUUAUCACAUUGUUAAUGUGAAUGGCCGUAACCUGACCAACGCCCCUGAAAUGCAACCAAAUGCUGUGACUUGGGGGAUCUUCGCCGGAAGGGAGAUUGUUCAGCCGACUGUAGUGGACCCAGUUAGUUUCAUGUACUGGAAGGAUGAGGCGUUUGCCUUGUGGAUUGAGCAGUGGGGCAAACUCUAUGAAGACGAGUCUCCUUCUCGGAUGAUAAUUAAAUAUAUCCAUGACAAUUACUUCCUCGUCAAUUUGGUGGACAAUGACUUCCCUCUGGAGAACUGCCUGUGGCAAGUCAUCGAUGACAUGUUUGAGCUGCUCGACGCUCCUCCAGAGCUUCACAGUGAAGAAACUGUCUGAAUAAAGUCUUUUUUUUUUUUUUAAAGAAAAAAAAGAAAAGAAAACACUAAGAACAGUUGAGUUUUUAAAAAAAAAAAAUGCCAUUAACGUUACAGAGUAUGAAUAUCAAACUGUAAAGAUGUUUUUAUUGAUUUUUCAAACCUUUGAGUGAAUAGGAAACAAUGAUCAAUGAAAUUGUGCGGUCAUGUUGGCUCCUGAUGAGUAAUGUCACUGUCGGGCAGAUUAACCUGUUUUGUUUUUACGUAUGUGGAGCUGAUCAUUUGUUCAAAGGGAAACUUGUGCUAAACAACUAAACCUCCAAACGAUGACCUCAGAACAUGAAUUGUGAACAUUUCACUUUUACUCUUACAAAGAGUUCAGAUGGCCUACCUGUAAGAAUGAGCAUUAAUGUGUUAUUAUAGGUGAGAACCUAGUGUAGUGAUCAAAUAUAUGUAAGAUGUGUGCAAAUCUUACACCUUAUGAUGAACUUGAUGUCAUGACAAGAGUCACACUUAAAGCACCUGCUGCCUUAUGUACAUGAUUAAUAAUACUUAUUAAAUACUUUUCCUUCACUUA